UCCGUUAAAGGCCUGGACUGUGCGUCACCGGCGGAGUAGCCAGGACAACCUAGACGCUUCAUUCCGAAGCAGCAUGGCAGAAGCGGAGUUAGAAACCUUCACCUCAAUCAUGGACGCGCUCGUUCGCAUCAGUUCCAACAUGAAGAGCAUGGAGCAGGAGUUGCAUUGCCCAGUGUGCGACGAGAUGGUGAAGCAGCCCAUUCUGCUCCCGUGCCAGCACAGCGUGUGUCUGCUGUGUGCAGCGGAGAUGCUGGUGCAGAGAGGUUAUCCUCCCCCGGAUCUCCCUGCGGAGCCCAUCUCACCAGCCUCCACGCCCAACUCUCGCUCUCCACGGCAAGCACGCCGACCCGUACCCAGGACCCCUGACCACCUGGAGCGGGUCUUCAGAACAGUAUGUGGGACAUACCCAGGGAGAAGGCGGAGGGAAGCAGCCCCUCCCCCCAUGCUGUUCCCCUGUCCUUCCUGUCAGCAGGACGUGGAGCUCGGGGACAGAGGACUCACUGACUGCUUCCGUAAUCUCACUCUGGAGCGCAUCGUCGAGAGGUACAGACACACAAUAAGUCUGGGCAGCGUAGCGAUUAUGUGUGGCUUCUGUAAGCCUCCCCAGUCUCUGGAGGCCACUAAAGGAUGUGCCGACUGCAAGUCAAACUUCUGCAAUGAAUGUUUCAAACUCUACCAUCCCUGGGGAACUCCAAGAGCUCAGCAUGAACACAUUCUACCCACUAACAACUUCAGACCAAAGGUUUUAACAUGCACAGAGCAUGAGCAGGAGAGGCUGCAGUGGUACUGCCGUAACUGCCAGCGGUUGCUGUGCCAGCUGUGUAAACUCCGUCGGGUUCAUCAUGGACACAAAGUUUUACCCAUAGCACAAGCUUAUCAGGCCCUCAAGGACAAGAUUAGCAAGGAAGUCAACUUCAUCCUGGCCAAUCAGGAGACGAUUCAGAGUCAGAUCGCUCAGCUGGAGGCUGCCAUCAAACAGAUGGAGGCUAACAGCAGUGUGGCUCUGCACCAGCUGACUCACUGCAUCCGAGAGCUUGGAACAGCCGUCGCCGAGCGUCAGGGGACUCUCGCCAUUGCCUUGGAGGAAUCCCGGAGCAGAAGACAGGAGGCUCUGAACGUCCAGGUCUUUGAGAAACAGGGACUGAUGGAGCAGGCAGGUCUGAUGGCAUUCACCCACGAGCUGCUCAAAGACACAGACGCUCCCUGCUUUGUGCAAGCCGCAAGAGUAACACACAGCAGGUUGAUUAAAGCCAUAGAAAACCUGCAGUGUUUCUCUCUUGCUGUUGACACCUCCUUUAGACGCUUUCACCUUGAUGCAUCCAAAGAGGUCAAGCUCAUCAACAGCUUGCAAUUCAUCCAAGCCCCUCAGGCUCCAGUCAUCGACACUCAGAAAACAUUAGCUUAUGACCAGCUAUUUUUAUGCUGGCGCCUGCCUCAGGACUCGGCCCCGGCGUGGCACUUUUCUGUGGAAUACCAGAGACGAGCAGGUGCCACGUGGGGCGGCAUCAGCUCCCCGAACUCUUCGACACCGUGGCUGCGUCUGAAUGAGGUGAAGGGGACCAGCGCCGUGGUAGACCGGGUGCAGAUGGACAGCGUGUACGUUCUUAGAGUGAGGGGCUGCAACAAGGCUGGGUUUGGAGACUACAGUGAAGAGGUUUACCUCCACACGCCACCUGCACCAGUUUUGAGUUUCUCCUUGGACUCUCGUUGGGGUUUACAUGCUGACCGUUUGGCGCUAGGUAAAGGCCAGACCUAUGCCCGGAGUGUGCCUGGCCUCUCCCUUCUCCAAGCUGCUGACCGCGCUCUCACCUCUUGUCACUUAACCUCUGACCUCCUUGUGGCCGACUUGGCCGUCACUCAUGGCAGACACUACUGGGCGUGCUCUGUGGAGCCUGGGUCCUACUUGGUGAAGGUAGGUGUUGGACAGGAGGCUAAACUACAAGAGUGGUUCCAUCUCCCUCAGGACAUGGCGAGCCCACGUUGUGAUCCAGACAGUGGCCAUGACAGCGAUGCAGAAGACGGCCAGGACUCCCCUCCCUUCUGCUUCCUCACCGUGGGCAUGGGUAAGAUCCUACUCCCCAAAGAACAUGUUCCCUCUCACAGCCAGAGCGAGAGCCACAGCCAGGCAGCAUUGCACUCUCAAAGCAGCAACUAUAGCAACAAGCCUCACUCCCACACUGCUCCCCUACCUCCACGACUUGGAGUCUGUCUGGACUGUGACAAAGGCCAGGUUGCCUUUUAUGAUGCCCACUCCCUGCGUAUGCUGUGGGAGGGGCACGUGGAUUGCUCUGCUCCAGUUUGUCCAGCUUUUUGUUUCAUAGGCGGAGGAGCGCUACAGCUGCAAGACCUUGUCGCCAACCGGAGCAUCGAGGAGCCUCCGCCACGCAGGGUAACCAUUGAAACACGAGUAAAAAAGUUCAAGUAGAUAAACAGUGCUUGGUGCAAGUCAUUAAAAUCCAGUUCGUCCAACCUGUAGAGCUAAAAAUAAUUUAUUCUAUCUGGUCAAAUAUGGUUAUGUCCAGUAAGCUAACAUACAGUCAUCAUGAGCAUGAAUGUCAGAAGCUCCUGCUCUAAAACUGACACCUUCAAUUUCGACUGAAAUUUUCAAAGAACAGUUCAACACUGUUAUUUUUUUUUUAGCAGGGCUGGUGUUAGAAUGGAUAACAGUGUUCUAUACAUGGUAUAAUAGAGCUUCAGCGUUGUCUUCUUAUU